AUGCCCGCCGCCCCAAAGCAGAGAAAGAUCGCGAUUGUCGGCAGUCGCUCCGUUGGCAAAUCCUCUCUUACCGUCCGGUUUGUCGAGCAUCAUUUUGUGGAAAGCUACUAUCCCACAAUCGAGAAUACUUUCAGUCGAAUUAUCAAGUACAAUGGCCAAGACUACGCCACUGAGAUUGUAGACACUGCUGGCCAGGAUGAAUACAGUAUCUUGAACUCGAAGCACUUCAUUGGGAUCCAUGGCUAUGUCAUUGUGUAUUCGGUCACCUCGCGACAGUCGUUCGAAAUGGUGCGGGUUAUUCGAGACAAGAUUUUGAACCACCUGGGUGCGGACGAAGUGCCACUGGUGGUGGUCGGCAACAAGAGCGAUCUCAAGCCAGAACAACGACAAGUCUCUCUCGAUGAGGGCCGGCAAUUAGCAGAAGAAGUUAACUGUGCAUUCACGGAAGCUAGUGCUUUCCUGGAUUUCAAUGUCUCCAGGGCCUUCGAUCUGAUGAUAGGAGAGAUUGAGAAGUCCCAGAAUCCGUCUCAACCCACCGGCGGCAACAAGUGCGCUGUUAUGUGA